UCCUCCAGGAUCCAGAGGCACCUCCUCCCGCUCGCUGGGAAGGGCUCUGGACACCCUCAGCCCUUCUUGUCUGCCCUGUGAGGCUCAAGCCAGAAGCUCCGGGCACUUGCUGAGUUGGUGCCACAGCCACGGAGCUGGUACCCCGGGGACCCCCUGCCCGUCUUCUCUCCACUGCCCAGCAUGGAGGAGGCUGGUGAUUUUGACAACUACUAUGGGGCAGACAACCAGUCUGAGUGCGAGUACACGGACUGGAAGUCCUCGGGGGCCCUCAUCCCUGCCAUCUACUUGCUGGUCUUCCUCCUGGGCACCACGGGCAACGGCCUGGUGCUCUGGACUGUGUUUCGCAGCAGCCGCGAGAAGAGACGCUCGGCUGACAUCUUCAUCGCCAGCCUGGCCGUGGCCGACCUGACUUUCGUGGUGACCCUGCCGCUGUGGGCCACCUACACGUACCGGGACUACGACUGGCCCUUUGGCACCUUUGCUUGCAAGCUCAGCAGCUACGUUAUCUUCGUCAACAUGUACGCCAGCGUCUUCUGCCUCACCGGGCUCAGCUUCGACCGCUACCUGGCCAUCGUGAGGCCCGUGGCCAACGCUCGGCUGAGACUGCGAGUCAGCGGGGCCGUGGCCACGGCGGUCCUGUGGGUGCUGGCCGCCCUCCUGGCCAUGCCGGUCAUGGUGUUCCGCUCCACCGGGGACCUGGAGAACACCACCAAGGUGCAGUGCUACAUGGACUACUCCAUGGUAGCCACUUCCAGCUCGGAGUGGGUCUGGGAGGUGGGCCUGGGGGUCUCGUCCACCGCCGUGGGCUUCGUGGUGCCCUUCACCAUCAUGCUGACCUGCUACUUCUUCAUCGCCCAGACCAUCGCCGGCCACUUCCGCAAGGAGCGCAUCGAGGGCCUGCGGAAGCGGCGCCGGCUGCUCAGCAUCAUCGUGGUGCUGGUGGUGACCUUCGCGCUCUGCUGGAUGCCCUACCACUUGGUGAAGACGCUCUACAUGCUGGGCAGCCUGCUGCACUGGCCCUGCGACUUCGACAUCUUCCUCAUGAACGUCUUCCCCUACUGCACUUGCAUUAGCUACGUCAACAGCUGCCUCAACCCCUUCCUCUACGCCUUCUUCGACCCCCGCUUCCGCCAGGCCUGCACCUCCAUGCUCUGCUGCGGCCGGAGCAGGUGCGGGGCCACCUCCCACAGCAGCAGCGGGGAGAAGUCGGCCAGCUACUCUUCCGGUCACAGCCAGGGGCCUGGCCCCAACUCCGGGAAGGGUGGCGAGCAGAUGCACGAGAAGUCCAUCCCCUACAGCCAGGAGACCCUUGUGGUUGAUUAG